GCGUCAAGAGCUCGUUGAAGAAUAGAACAGGAUGGAAAUUUUGCUGGAUUGGUAACGCUUCAUUGCAACGCAAAAGGAUGAUUCUUGAAAGAGUAUGGAGAAUGUUCUGUUAGGGCUGUGUAGCUGCUUCGCCACAAGGCACUCUGCAGCUCAACGAUGGUGGCGCACUACACUGGCAACGACUCCUCCACCGCCUCGCACAAGCUCGCAACUCCCAAUCCUCGGCAUCGGAAUCGCUGCAGAGGCUCUCGGCGGGUCCGGGGACUCGCAAUCCACUCGCCAUACGUCAGAAGGCUCAGCCUUCCGUGAAUGUCUCGGUUCAGGUUCAUGGAAGCUCAAGUGCUCGCCAUCAGAACAUCACAGCCACAGCCCCAUGAUGCGCAACGGCACAUGGCCCUCUGAUUCGCGACAGCGCAACCUUCAUCACCCGGACUUUGCAAGCAUCCAUUCACGAAGCUCCAGUGUCAUUUGGUGGGAGUCUGACCUGCAGGUGCGAGAUGCCAGGCCUGCCGUUCUGAUUAGGUGGGAAACGAAGAGCUCGCCAGCCCCUCUUCCCCACUGAAGCACGUAAGUCAGCACAGCACACAUUCACUGAGGACAGCCGUGGCAAGGUAUUUAAUCUCCCAUCUGUCGUCUCUCGUACCCUUCUCCUCCCCUCUUCAUCAACAUCAGAACCUUUGUGACUUUCCACAUCACAUCACCACACAGUACAGACAUCAUGUCGAACAACGACUACUACGCAGGCCAGCCUCAACAACCACCUUACGGUCAACAACAAUACCCUCCUCA